GGAGGACAGGAGGACCGGACAGGAGGACAGGAGGACAGGAGGACAGGAGGACAGCGACUAAGACAUCCUCGUCUUCAUCGGAGGAGCUGCCCAAGUCCUCGUCUGUCCUGACGGCAACCCUCUUAAAGUGGACAUUAAAAAUAAAUGUCCUAAAGGAGUCGCUGCCAGGGCCGUAAAUCAGCACCGGAGGACUUUGAUUUCGUCAUUAUCACUUCCUGCGGCAAACAACAGAGGAGCAGGCAUGUCGUCAGGCCGGCUGACCUGCGGAUGUGCAACAUAGGAUUCUAUUUCUGGAGCCUUGUUGCUUUUACAGAUUAACUGCCCUCAAAUAUGGCCCCAAUCCGUUCAUUGUGCCACUAGUUUGACUGCUGCUGCUGGAGGUCGUGCAUAUUCAAGCUUCAAAACAAACCCACCGUGCAUCAGUCCAGUCAUCUGAAGGCCUCUUGUUUUUUUUUAUAAAAACUGUGGGAGUGCUCCUUUUUUUUUUUUCAGACUCCUGCAGAGAAACAAACAUGCAGCUGCAUCUCAUGACAGCUUGAAAUCUAGUUUGCUCUUCUCUUUACAAUCACUGAAGUCAUCACCCAUUUCCAAGGGAAAGACUGACGUCCAGUGCCGUCACGCUCAAACUAUGACGCUGUGCUUCGAUUAAGACUUCUUAGUUUAAUGCAAGAGUUCCAGAGGGGAAAAUCCCAUCGCCCAGUAUUUUCAUUAGCCUGUCUGGGACUAAUCAAGGUCCUCCGUCAUCCGAAUUGACAUUUCCAUAUUGUAUGAGAGAGAAAGUAGUCGCGUUAGCAUAUUUAUGAACACUGACACAUCCAAUCAUGUGAAAUGGAAGACAUGGGGCAGACCCGGAGCCACCAAGCCCUGAAACAAAUAGCUUAUGACAUGUGAGGAGAAGAAGAUCUUGAAUCCCUCAACGCAACUUCAGCACGUCACACAGCACACGCCGGUGCAUCACGGGUAGUUCACUCUGUCCUAAACCUGCCGUGUAUUGUUGGGCGCCGGACCAAUAAGAAAAAAAAAAAAAAUUAAAGAAUAGGAUUAAAGAUGGAUUACCACUGAAACACUAAAACCAGCAAAGCAGCUGCCUUUGCAUAAACCCAGCGGACACUCUUCAGGGAGACGAUUUGCAGACCGAUUUGUAGAUUACAUUUGGUUGUUGAUGCGGUGGCCUCUUGUGCGGUUGGUAUUAAAAGAGAGGGGAUGGAGAAUCUAGAUGAGCUGGAGCACCCUCUUCUGGGGGAAAGCGACAAUAACAGCCGGGCGUCGGGGCAGGGACUGGGACUGGGACUGGGCCCCGGGACCGGACAGGCCCCUGGUGGGAUGUACAAAGGCAUCUUGGUGAAGUGUGAGGAGGACAGGGCCUACCCUCCGUUAGCAUGGAGGGGCUACUGCGGACAUCCUCCUGAGCUUCAGCAACAGCAGCUACUGGACCCUUGCUCCUUACCCCGCACACUGGAGUCGUUUUACCCACCGGCCCCCAUCUGGGGCCACGCAGACUCCCUGCUCAGCAAAGACUACUUGGAGACCACCUUUGUGGACAUACGACCCGGCUCCACGCUGGAGAGGAAGCUGCUGGCCGAGGCACAGGACUUCCACAGUGUGUCGUACAGUAUGGAUGAUGAGGACGACCUGCUCCCUGACUCGGACGACUCGUCCAUUGAUGACUUCAGUGAUACGGACAGCGAGAGCAACUUCCCUCUGAUGAUCCCUCAGGACUACCUGGGCCUGGCCUUUUUCUCCAUGCUCUGCUGCUUCUGGCCCCUGGGCAUCGCUGCCUUCUACCUCUCUCAGAAGACCAACAAGGCGUCGGCUCAGGGGGAUUUUCAGGGGGCGAACGCAGCGUCUCGCCAGGCUCUGUGGCUCUCGGUGCUCUCCAUUGUGUUUGGGAUCAUCACGUACAUCUGUGCCAUCGCCGCGUUGAUCUCCUACCUGUCUGGAAAACCACCAUAAAAGCACGGAUUCUCUGUCACACACACACACACACACACACACACACACACACACACAGAUCUCUCACACAUUUCAUGUCAACAUAUCACCUGUAAAUGUAAAAUAAUCACAGUCUUUGUCCUGUCUGCACUCACGUCUUAUCUUCUACACUGAGAUACUGGAACAGUAGAGAAUGGACAAUGCUGCUGUGUAGAUCGUUAUCACGUCUAAUUGGAUUUGGACAUAAUUCUGCUCAGAGGACAUUCGGCGCACGUGAAAAAGAACUGAAAAAGAAAUCAUACGUCAUACAGAAGAUCAAGUUACCUGUCAUCCAUUACGUCUGUGCUGUGGCCGUCAUCACAUGUUAAUCGUUACUGUAGUAAGAGAAAAACUGUGACAACGAAUGCAGAUGUUAUCACAGCACCGUAGAUAUCACUGUCACGAUAACAGUGGACGAAUAAUGAGAAGCAGAGAGACAAGAGAGGGGGGCAGCGCACAGCGAUGGAUUCUACAGAUUUAUGAGAAGGUCACGGCAAGGACGAAGCAUCAUCAGCAGCGGCGGUGAAAUCCUGAUGGAGCUUGCUGUGGGAGGGCCUGAGCGAGCGCUGUCGCCGGUGGGGUGAAGGCUGGUUAUCGUUUCAGAGCCCCAGAACUUUAUUUAUUUAUUUAUUUAUUUUUAAAAACAUACACGAGGGGCCAGGGAAACACUACACAUGUACAUCGAUCAACCUGUCCUGACUUCACGUUCAGCAUCACUCAUUGUUUACCUGCAGAGAAGACAGAUUCUGCUGUGUUUAUGCCAAGUAUCUUUAUGUAGAAAUACACAAAAAAGAAAACUAAAUGAAAACUACAGUAGUGCCAUUAUAUAAGAAAAUAUAAACGAUGAGUUCAUGAGUUCUUAAGGAGAUGCAGGGUCGUGAUGUGAGGAAUAAAGGAGCUGCUGCUAUUCAGCGCUACGAAAUGACGACGGAGACAAAGGCGUGCAGACCUGCAAGGAAAAGUGCCAAAAAUAUAGAAAAAAGGUUUUAUUUAUAUCCUUUUAUUAGCUAUUCCAUUAAUAGAAGCAACCUAGACUGCUACUCCACCCUCCCCAAAUAUAGAUUCUGCUAUUUUCUCCUCUGAGAAGAGGAACGAAACCCUUCAGGAACUCGCUUCUUAUUGCUGUAUGACAAACUUUUGAUGUUGUCUACUUAAACUUAUAUAAACUAAUACUUUGUUCAGACGAGCAAAUGGGUAAAAAAAAAAAAAAAAUGCUGCAAAAAAUAGCCUGACCAGACAUCUAACGUUCAGCCAUGUGACGCAUGACUCAGUAAAAAUCUCCAUUUGGGUCAGAAGAGAAACCUGCAUGGCGAGCUGCUCCAAGCUUCAAUCACUUCCUUCAUUUGGUCCUCAAUUACUGCAAAAAACAGCUUUGAUACAAGAAGAACCACUCCGGCCAUAUUGGUUUGAGCUUAAAUGUGCCAUUAAAGGGACAGUCCACCCCAAAAUCAAAAAUGCAUGUUUCCUCAUACCUGUAGUGCAAUUCGUCUAACUAGAUAGUUUGUGUGUGGUUUGAUAUCGUCUGUAGAGACGUCUGCUUUCUUCAGUAUAAUGGAACCAGAUGACACUCAGCGUGUUGUCUUGAGAAAUCAUGACCCAGUCACUCAAGAUAAUCAACAGACCCUGCUGUGAGUAGUGUGUCACUGUGCAGGUGGAGGUGUGCUUCUACUCACUGACGUGGCCGCAGUAACUAUCCUACAUAAGCUAGCUAACGUUACAGCUCAGCUGAGGAGGCAGCCAUUACUUGACUCUUGACACACUGUGCCAUCGAGAGCCAAGACUCGUCGAUGAGUAAAUACAUGUUUCCUCCCGCAUGGUGAUAUGGAAAGAAACUAGUAGAAAAUAUCAGGGGUCAAUAAAAAAUCUAAUAUCACACGUGGAGGGGGUCAAAUGAUUUCUUGAAGACACUGCUGAAGAGUUCUUCAAACACAUUUUCCAGCUCGAAUCUAGAUGGAGAAACAUCCACAUACAGGAGGAAUUAUGUAUUUUUGAUUUGGAGGUGAACAGUCCACUUAAAAAAACUGUGAAUAAGGGAACUCCAAGUAAAUAUUUUAAAAAAUGACUUAAGGUAUAAAAAAAAGUGAACAUUUUCUAUUUAGAUGUAUAGUUUUUAUAGAAUCCACAGCUGAACUACAAAUAACUCAAAUACUUUUGUUUUCUGCAAACCCAGUGUUGUAUCAAGCUGAUAAUAGAUUAAGGUCACUGUACGUGGUAUUUGUAGACACACCUGUGAUAUGUCAGUGUCUGACCCCCGUCAGCUCUCACUGACACACCGUGUUGUACAGUUCUGACAAUCCUGAACCAUCCCGUCUCCACCGGACACUUCUGUCAGUGAGCCUUUGUUGUUACAGCUGAGUUACCACCAGUAUUAUAUGGAAGCAUUUACUGUGGAUUACCUGGACUGAUGAUGCUGUCAUGAUUUGUCUCACUUGUUAUAGAUAACAACUGGGCACAGCGAAGAGAGUGAGUCAACUAAAAGUCAAAUGUUGUGGGAAAUGAGAUUUAUUAGUACAAGAGAUAUUAUUUCCCAGUUGACACCCUUGUAUUACAUGUAAAUAUUAAACUGAAAGAGGAAUCAAUGAAUCCCAAAUAAAUGCACUUGUUUGAUUCAUUUCCCCUGUUUUUUUUGCAUUUAGUUUAAUUGCAAAUGUUCUGCCAAAAUCAUUCACUUCAAACACAGCUAACUCCAACUGAACUGAAGCAAAGGCAGCCCAGAGUAGUCUCUGAAUAUUUUAUCACAACAUCAGUACAUUUAUACAUUGUUUAAAAAAAAA